GUUCAUUCCGCGCUGGCGGGCAAAACGUUCCCGCUGAAGGUUGCCGAGCUCAUUGAGCCUUCGAUUGCGAAGGUCUGGGCUUUAGCUGUGGGCAAGAUCUGCAGCGGGGCGCUCGAGGGCACGGCGGGGCCCACGUCCUCAGCUCCGUUGGUGGCCGCCGUCGGAGAUGCGCAGGUGGACGUCGGCUUCGACGAAGGCGCCUUCGACCGCGAGAAGUUCUCGGCGCGGUCGCAGCCGCCCGAGUUUUUCACCGAGGUGGUCAAGAGCCUCGAAGGCGACCUGACGCUCAAGAUCAAGCGGCUCGCCGAUAAGAUGGCGCUCAACGCCGACUGGCUCGGCGCGCGGUGCAAGAUCGACGUCGAGAUUAUGGACAGCGGUCCCAUCGAGAGCUCCACUGGCUUCUCGGCGUUCGCGGCUACGGUGGCUCGGAAUGCUCUCCGCAUAGGGCCAGCUGCGUGUCCGUUACCGGUCGCAGCAUUCUUCGCCAUGCCAGUGGCCCACGAUGUCUUCUUUAUCUUCUGGAGCGCUGAGGCCAUCCCGAAGCAGGGCGUUGCGCUCGCGGGCGCCAAGGCGUUUCUGUCGGGCGAAUCGGCCGAAGCCUUCAUCAAGGAUUCCGAGAACUUGGUCGCGAUCUACGCGCCCAAGGGGCCAAUUAUACGUGUGCCCUGGGGGUGGCUGCCCCAGCCCGUCUUCUACUUCCCAGGGCAGAAGAACAAAGACUGCGACGCCUUCCAACGCAUCCUUCACAUCCCGAUCAUGAUCCCAGAGCGCGCUUAA